AUGACUGAGGUCCUCCAUUCCCCUUCCCAUUUCUGCUCUUCCCCAAGAGCCGGCUCCUCUUCUUCUUCUUCUUCUCCUCCUCAUUCUAAUUCUUCUUCUGUUUCGUUAUCGUGCGCACCCCCAUCUUCUUUAUCCUACGAGCCCCACCCUAGCGAAGAAGAAGAUUGCGAGUCUGCGGUGACUGACUGUGAGGUGAAGGACCGUGACAAGCGGAGAAGGGAACAGCUUUCUCUCUUGGCAUUGCUUGUAACCUUUUUCAGGAAAUCUUUGAUUCCUUGCAAGAGUGAUAGGAGGGAGCUUUGUGCUAUGGAGAUUGGCUGGCCAACCAAUGUGCGCCACGUGGCGCAUGUCACCUUUGAUAGGUUCAAUGGGUUCUUGGGUUUGCCUGUGGAGUUUGAACCUGAAGUCCCCAGGAGGGCUCCUAGUGCAAGUACAACUGUUUUUGGAGUAUCCACGGAGUCCAUGCAGUUGUCAUACGACUCUAGAGGGAAUAGUGUGCCAACAAUUCUCUUGCUUAUGCAAGGACGGUUAUAUGCUGAAGGAGGCCUUCAGGCAGAAGGGAUUUUCAGAAUUAAUGCAGAAAACAGUCAAGAGGAGCAUGUAAGGGACCAAUUAAAUAGGGGAGAUGUACCAGAAGGCAUCGAUAUACACUGUUUGGCAGGUUUGAUCAAGGCUUGGUUUAGGGAACUCCCAGCUGGGGUUCUGGAUUCUCUAUCCCCUGAGCAGGUAAUGCGAUGUCAGACAGAAGAGGACUGUUCGCAGCUUGUGAGGCUUCUACCUCCCACCGAAGUUUCCCUACUGGAUUGGGCCAUCAACCUUAUGGCUGAUGUUGUCCAACAGGAACAUCUGAACAAGAUGAAUGCACGCAACAUAGCCAUGGUUUUUGCACCAAACAUGACGCAGAUGGCAGAUCCUUUGACUGCAUUGAUGUACGCAGUCCAAGUGAUGAACUUCCUCAAAACGCUUAUUUUGAAGACACUGCGAGAAAGGAAGGAUGCUGUGGUAGAGCCUCCUGUGUGCUAUGAAGAACCUUCUGAUGAGCAUGGACACCAGAGCCCUUCACAGUCCUGCAGGGAAGAUACUGGCAAAGAUAAUGGAGAGAAAGAGCAAUCGUUGAUUACUGAAGAACCUAUACUGGGAAGUUCUUCUAACUCUAACCAUGUCAAUAACCUAACCAAUAGAGAGGCUAGCAGUUCGAUAAGCUUAGUUGAUGGCGAUGGCUGUUGUGAUACUGCUGCGCAAGUUGACAGCAUAACAGCGGAAAUUCAAGGCGAAUCUGCAAAGAACAAACCUGGUGAAUCGAGUAUCUCAAAUUUCAAAAUGGGGCCUAAAAGCACAAGUGAUCACCAGCCUGUGGUAUGGGGAACAGGGCCUGUUGAGAAGAAUAGGGGUAUCAGCAAUCUGAGUCGCAUAGAUUCAAGGAUGGAGCGGAUUGAAGCCUGGCGGUGA